GUUCUGCUGACUUAAAUUCACUCAGCAUGUGUUUGUGUGUCUAUCUCAUCAUGAGUCUUUAUCCAGAAUGCUUUUGAAAUGUUGCCUUGCUUGAGAGCCUGUUGCACCAAAGAUUUUUUCACUUCUCUUUUUCUUAUUAAUCUACUUACAAUAUAACCGUGAUGUCUUUGAAACUGUCUGGCUAACUGAUAAGGAAAGUGAAAUGCUGUUAGUGCCAGAGAUUCCUGUAGACAAAUUUUGCUGUGUUGUGUGCUCGCUUUUUAGGAACAGAGCUGCUUAGCAUGAGUGUGAAGUUUUUUUCCACUGCUGUUCCAUUAUGCUGCUCCACCUAUCCCAAGUGAAUUGCUAAUGUGUGGCCUUAGAAUGUGAGCUUUAGCACUGCUUUUCUCUGUCUGUGCCAAUGAUUUUCUUGGGGUUUUUGUUUGGAACAUUAAUGUUACACUGGAGGGCAAGUUCAGAUUAAUUCAGAAUAACUUUAAAAAAAAAAGAAAGAACCUAAAACUAAUCGUGGUAUUCAUUUUAUCUUGGUAAAAUGAGGCUGUUAGGAAGAUUUUUAAGUUCACUUGAUAAAUAUGUUACUGAAAUAAUAUGGAAAUUGAUAAUGUACAUUUUGGAGGUUCUUUCUUAAUGGUUAUAACUUGGAAUUUUGUGUGCUUUUAGCCUCUGAAUGGGGGCAUGAUGAUCUUAUCACUUCAAACCAACAUUUCAUCUGGACCUGGAUCACAGUUCAGGUGUUGUUCAUUCUGUUUUUACAGUUCUACAGUUGACCCAGUUUGGCAAAAUAAACAAAUUGGGGUGCGUCUUGUCCUGAAAUUACACGUUUGUCAGUUGUUCAGUAAUAUUUUGGCAUUUUCACUGACUCAUGUCUUUAUUUUAUAAAGUGACGUACACCAUGCAGAGCUUACACAUUUGAUCCUAGGAAGAUUUGAUCUUAAGAAGAGUUGGCAGAUAAAAUUACUCUUUAUCCAAUGUUGUUUUGGGAUCGGCUUAGUUUCUUACCUAGAUUUUUCUUUUUUUUUCCUGUAAGACUGUUGAAGUCUGCUAUGUUAAUACUGAAAUAUAACAUCAUUAACACAAGGAGAAAUAACAGUCAUUCAGUUUCUCUAUGGACUUUUAAACUUCUGUCAUGGAAUCAUUGAAACAACCUCACUUUGGGUUUUAAGUGAAAUUAGUUUUUACCACUUUACACUACUGAGUUUUUCUUAAUGUUUGUGGUAGUGGGGAUUUUGUAAUGGAAAGAUCUUUUUAAAAUGGAAACUGUUUAAAGUGACCUUGAUCAUAGAUUUAUGAAAAGCUGAUCUGAAAUAAAUUAGAUCUCUGUUUACACGCUCAGGUAUUGCAAGCAUUCCAAUUCCAUAAGGAGAAACUGGUAACUGUGUGCUUCAGAAAACCUCUCUAUUAGUCAAAAGUAUGUGUAAAUUGUUAGAGACAGCUCAUAUAGCCAAUAUCUGUUUACACAAUUAGAGUUGAAAUGAAUUUACCAUAAUAACUUCCUGUUGAAAGGGGGAAGAGUUGAACCAGCACUCAAGGCUAAAUUCACCACUGGGGUUAAGUAGUUGCAGCUUCAUUAACUUCAGUCCAGUUACACCAGUGAUUAAUUUUUGGGGGUUGUGAUUUGCUUAACAUAGGUCUCUUACAGCUCAUACAUGAUUAAGUUCUUGCUCAUACAUUUAAGGGCCAAAAAAAAGAAAGAAGAAAAAGACCAGAUUAAAUGUAUUGUACAGUCCUUGUAUGAAAUAUUUAUUUCAUAAUCUCUCAUUGUAUUAAUCUUCGCUACAUCCCUGUGAAAUAUAUCAGUACUUCGUGGUUAAGAAGUGUAAUACAGAUGAUGUAACAGUGUGAUGACUUCAUGGAGCAGGUUCAGAGCAAAGAAGGGAUUUGAUCUCAUUCAUUUGUAUCUGACACUGAAUAAUGUAGAAACUAGACCAUCCAUCCUUUUGGAAAUCUAAGGCAAAUAGAUGCAAGAUUUUAGUAGAGCUGCUGAGUAUUCUGAUUUUCUAAUGAUGACAAUUAUUAAAGCUGUAACAAUUAGCUCUAUUCUUAAUUAACCUUCUGGUUGGACCUGCAGGCUUGAUAACAGAGGGACUGCAAGUAUGUCAAGCUUAUGGACAAGAAUUGUUUCAUAACUUUUAUGGACAGCUUUGCAUUCUGCUUGUGGUUGCUUCUGGCCUUGAUAUGAUUUAGGACCUUACUGAAUAUUUUUAUAAUACUAUCUUUCUGUGUGUUGAUGAGGGCUAUAAGACUUGCUUGUCCUUCAUCAAUAUAAAAAUUCAGUCUUACUAUGAAAUGUAAUUCUCAGAAAGUCUUGAACAUUAUUCUUUCUUCAGCUGGGCAACUUUUAGAUAAUUGCCUCAUUAUUCUUUGGAUUUCAAGGGAUCUUUUCUGUCAUUUCUGCUUUUUCGUAUAUGUUGAAAAUUGUUACCUGAGAUCAUGAGAGAUUUUAUAUCGUAGGUUUUUUAGCAACUUCUUAUGAGAUGGUAGGAUCCAACAGCUUUCUCAGGUCCUUGGAAAGUAAAGAUUUGGAUAAGAGUGAGUUGAGCUGGUUAAUUCUCAUAAAUAUAGUCUGUGGAUUUGCAGGACUUUUUUUUUUCUUUUUUUUCCUGUAAGAAAAAGUACCUGUCCUAGAAAAGAUGCAUAAAUUUGUCUAGUAGGAAGCUUUUCAUUUUUGUUAUGCUUUGUAAUCAAACUUGUGCACAUGUUCUGAAGUGUAACAAAAAUCGGAGAGUUCUUCAAUUAGAAAGAAAAUUUAAAAAUCAAAAAAGGCAAAUUACUACUUUUCAGAAGACUUAAAAGGACAUUCAUGCAUCCCAAGGCAAAACCAGUUACUCAUAGGUUAUUCCUGAACAACAUCUGUCUAGACUGUUUAUCAAAGAGCUGCAAUGAUGAGAGUUCUCCAUUCUCCUAAAGCAGUCUGGUCUACUGCCUUUUCUACCCUAUCUCUGCCCAAGAUAUGUUCUGGUGUUUUGUCGCAGACAAGAAAAAAAAAUUGAACACAUCGAAUGGUGAGGUUGCUUUUUCUUCUUGUAACAUUCUGUCAAAUUUGUUAUUUCAAGCUUGAAACCCAAAACUUUUCAGACACUUGGGGGACUCAUCAUUGUGUAUUUUGAGUGCUGACAAAGAGGCUGUUAGUGUGAAAUUUUUGAGAGAACUGUCAUAUGUUCUACUAAAAGCUACUGUUUGUUUCCAGACAAAUCUCUUGUAUUUGGCUACAUGACUGAAUCAUAUUUUUAAAGUAAUGUUAAAUGUGGAAUAGUAGAUUAUGCCUGGCAAUAUGUUUAUCAUUGUUUAUUAAAACUGUGAAUAAGCAGUAUGACUAGGAAGCUUAGAAGUUGAAAAUAGCAUGUGAAACUUCCUCUUUAAACCUCACUAUUCCUGCUGUUUAUAGAUGUGAAGAUCAUUGUGCCUUUAAAUGCCACUGCCAGUUGAGAAAUGUCACUUCAGUGUCAGAAAGUACAAAACCACCAAAGUGUUCACGCUCAGACGUUUUUGUAAAUUCAGUGAAAUUAGAUAAACCACUCCAGUAUCUGAAUACUUCUUGAAGGAAAGCAGACUUAAUGCAUUUGAAAAAAUAGACCUCUUAAUCUGUGUAUCUGAUACAGAAGAAGAAAGCAUGCACAAAGAUAUUUUUACCCCUAGUACAUUCUUUUUUCAAAGCCAAGCAGGGCAAACUGAACAGUCAGGAGGACAUUAAUGAGAGUCUCUCGUGGUGAGGCUGCCCAGUAAAAGGGUUGUACAUUAGCCUGUCUUUUGAAGUGAUAAACUUCCAAUGAGUCCAUGCUAUAAGGCAGCACAACAGCAUGGGAGUGUAUUUUUCUGCAGAGGUGUCAGGUUGGAUGAUGAAAGCAUACAUAUGAAUAUAUUUAUUUCCCUUCCUUUAGAAACAGCAGUGUUCCAACGAUUAUGUUUCACAUAAAACACAAUGCAGAGCAGAAUUCUGUUAGCUGGAAUUGGUCUGGCUUUGUGAGAUGAUUACAGCAACAUGAAUUGCCUAUCACCUUUGUCUGCUGUCUGUUUCUUUCUGUAGCAAAUUCUGCCAUGGUCAAGCACAUCUUCAGCAACUAGUACUUUUCUUGGUUGUGGUGAGGCAAUGGCACUCUGGUGAUAAUAUUCCAGGUUUCUGUAGGUGUAUCUUGGCUUCCACAUGAAGAAGCAAACUGUUGUAUAGAAGUUGCAUUUGCACUCCUUUAAAGAACAUAUGUGCUCUUGGUUUAUUAGCUCCUGUAACAGCAUAGUAGACAUUGUCCUUUUUCUUGCAAGCUACUGAACUCGUAAUGUCAUGGUGCAUGUAGUUUUUACAUAGUGUCAUGUAAAUACUGGGUCAUUUAGCGUUCCCCCCCAUCACUGAUUCUUAAUUUUGGUAUUAAAUAUAAAUGUUCAUAGAAUGGGAUCAACCUUUUUCCUUCUAUCUGGAUGUUAAUAGGCAGUAAGAAGAAUUUCCAGUGUAUGUUUUGAUUGUGUAUGGCCAUGAUAAUUUUCAUGUUGGUUUUAUUCAUUUGUAGAAGAUUAUUUAUCAAUAUGAAGAGAGAUGCAUCACGAGAGAAUGUUUGAAUGAUAGUAUCUUCACACCAGCUAUCAGAAAGGUCAACAGAUUUAUUCUUAAGAAAUAUAUGGAUUAGGUUUAGCUAUUCUUUAAAUUUUAGUGUUUCUACAGUUUUCCUCUUUUUGUUCUAAUGGUAGAAUCACCAACUCUGUAAACAUAAUGAUUUUUAAAACUACUUGUUUCAUUUUCAUGGAAUCAAUUUUGUUUGAUUUUUUUUUUCUCUAGGACUUGUAAAGCUGCUUGUAUUUAAGUAAAAAAGUCGGGGGGGAAGAUACUAAAACCCCUGCAACAAUAAAUUCCUUUAAUACUAAUUAGUGCCUGUUUUUUACCUCUCCUUAAACUUGAGACUUGUUGGAUUUCUCCUUUAAAAUGAUGGGAAUUCCACAUCUCUAGACAGCCUGUUUGGUUGUUUACCAUAGCAACCAUUUUAGACUAAAUUGCUAUUGCCAGAUGUAGUGCUGACCCUUCCUUUCUAAGAGUCUUCUUCUGCUGGGGUCCAGGUUCUCUUGUGUACAUCUUGUUCUGUAUAUAUGGUACACAAAACCCCCCCAUGAUUGUAAUUGAUUAGUGCCUGGCAGACCAUAAUGAAUUCUCUAGUGCAUGUAACGCUGUAUUAUAUCUCAGGAGAAAAAGAAAGCUUGGACUCUUGAUCAGUUCUCUGUCUGGUAUCUCUUUGAGAUGCUUUUCAUCACAACAAAAUGACUGGUUAAUCCCUAUUUCAGAUAGAUGUGCUUAUUUAUUCCAAAAGUUUGGGGAUAUUCUGUUUGUGUUAGUGAAUUUUAUGUUAUUCCUUUUGGAGCACUUAUUGCUACAAUUAAUUUUGAAUUAAAUCCUCAAAAAUGCUUCUAACUGCAGACUAUAAUGCUAUUGUGGUUUAUCAUCAAAGUUAAUGAAAAUACUGCAUAGAAGCAACACUGGCAACCAAUAUGAAAUGCCCAUUCAUUUUGAAUGUUGGUGAUAUAGUGGGGAAGCUGACUUUCCAAGAAUUAAAAUAUUAAAUCUCUUUAAUUAACACAGAAAAAUUAAAUGGCAUGAGAAUGAGGGAGGGGAAAUAGUGUCUUUGGCAGAAGAGGUAUAUGAAGCCAAUCAAAUGGAAUUAAAACCAGUUUGAUGUAAACUUUUCGAAUGUUAGAAGAAACAACAGUUAUGAUCUGGAUUGUUCUCUAAGAUACAUCCAAGAUCAGUAAGUGAAAUACUACACUAUAUGUUCAGUAAACAUUCACGGAGCCCACCAGCUGUUCAGGAUAAAGGAGCUGAGUUACUGUGAAAGGUUAAGGAGCCUGGUGGUGUUUGUGGUUUUGUUUUGGUUUUAAUGCCCGCUUCAAAUUUUAACCAUGACAGGUCAUCCCACUUCUUACUACCUUUUUUUCUUUUUUUUCCCAAACAGCUAUAUUUAAGGUUAUAUUUCCAUAGUUAGGAUAGAUGGAAAAAAAGUGAGCAACUGAAAAAGUUGUCAAAAUUACAUUAAGUUGUAUGAAGUACAUGAAAGAGAACAUUCAUGAGCAUGGGCCUUGUAAAACUGAAGCAAUUUCUCUGAUGUACAUACCGUUUGUCCUAAAGCAAACAAACAUACAAGUAAUUUCUUCAAUACAGACUUUGUCUUUCAGCCCCUUGACAAAUAUUUCCUUUUUUUUUUUUUUUUUGUGCUAUGAUCACCAUGAUUACAUGUGCCAAUUGUAUGAAUCUGGGUGGCAACUGAAGCUCUUUUAUUCAUCACCACCUUUUAACAAAGGUCAGCACAGUUCUACUCUGUGUUAGAUUUUAUUUAAAUUUUGGGCAGCCAGUGAAGGGAGGAAAAAUGGGCCUAUAAAGAAACAAACAUUUUUUAUUAACAUGUUUUUUGUGUUUACAAUUCAUUUCAGUGGAAAAACAGUAAAUAGAGGAACUGCAUUAUAGUUUAAAUCACAAGGGACUUUAAUUUCAUUUUUGUUUAUAAAGAAGUGUUUCUACUUCUGUUUUUAGACAAAGCUGAAGUUCAUUCUCACAGGAUUUAAAUUCACUUUGAUACCUGCCUAGUGCCUUGGUAAACUCAGAAGGAAUUGCAAAUAGCAGCAUUGAAAAUCAAGAAGGUCUAAAAAUAUCUGGAGGGAGAUUAGGUGGUUCAACAAGUAACGCUCUAAUGGAUGACAGAGACUUUCCACCAAAUGAUCCGCAAAUAGACUCAAAGGACAGUCUUCCUACUAACUACAGGGUAGAAAGUUUGGCAUCUCAUUUGAUUCCUUCAGCUGAUGAAAAUGAAAAUCAACUCGACAGUGAUGGGAAUGAAGUUCUGACCAGUAGUAGCAUUGCUAUGGGACGACAGGACAAAGGUGAGCAGGAUAACAUCAAUAAUAAUGAGAAUAUGGACAGUGGAGACUGGAUCCUAAGCUGUAAGGAAAGUGAGACUGAGAGAAGAUCUGCAAAUGUCCAUAUGGACCCUCAGCUGGAGGAAAAGCCUGUUUCAGAAAAACAGCCAGGUGGAAAAAGAAGUCCAAGAAGCAAAAGAAGCUCCAAUAAAAAAUCUAAAGGCAUUUCUACAGUGGGAGCCACAACGAUCCAGGAGGAAAAUGCUCUUGAUACAGAUUUUGUGCAGGCUGAAAGUGCUGUUGAAGCAAAGGAAAACUUUCAUCCAAAAGACCAAAAGCAAACAUUGCAGUCUCUUUUCUCUUUGCUCCGUGAAGAGGUUGAGCAGAUGGAUUCAAAGAUACUGCCCCUGUGUCUCCAUCAGAUAGCUGAGACCUACUUUCAAGAGGAGGAAUAUGAGAAGGCCAUGAAGUUCAUUCAGCUUGAACGACUUUAUCAUGAGCAGCUGCUUGCAAAUCUUUCUUCCAUACAGGAACAGUGGGAAAGAAAAUGGAAAACAGCAGUUCCCAGUCCAGUUACACUGAGGAAUUCAGAUAAGGAGCUGAGUGGCCAAGAACUGGAAAAGCUUACUAGAGUUUGCUCUUCGCAUCGACAGCCACUGUCAUCCAAAACUAAGCUAGUAGCUACAGCAAAUACAUGGGAAAGCAGUUGUUUACCUCAGUUAAUGGAAUCCAGAACUUUAAAGGAAAGAGAAGCUACUACUUUUAAAUCAGGUACUGAAACUUGUCCUGGCAUUGCACCAAAGAAAGAAGAUAAACAGCUGAGCACUGUUUGCCCAGGUGAAAACCAAACUGAGAGACAGGCAGAGGCAGCAAGUCUUCGGGUAGCUGCAGGAAAGGACCACAUGGAGGAGCAGCACUGCAGUGCUGAAUCAACGUUCGAGCCACACACCCAGUCCACAGGGACAGGGGGCAGGCCUUCCUCGGGCUGUUUAUCAUCUGGGGAUGCUGGUAAAGAUAACAGUCUGCAGCUGAGGGAAAGACAGCUCUCCAAGGAUGCGGUGAAAAUAGAAGGGGCUGGGGAGCCUGGAGUGAAACUCCCUCUUGAGCCAAUGGUAGAUGCUUUGGCUUUAGCAGAUGAAGAUUAUAUGCCUGCUGAUUUGGUUCCUUCUGAUAAGGAUGUGCCAGCUGAGAGAAGUCUGCUCAGAUCAAAACAUGCUGCUGGGUCUUCAGAAAUUCCUAGUGGCCAACUUGGAAAUAGUGAUUUAAAGCAGCAACAGAUACAGCCUGAUGAUGAUGAUGAUGAUGAACAGUCUUCAUGGGACAGAACUGCCUCAGGUGAAUGCUUCGGGUGUAAUGAAGUGUCUGAGCAUGAGAGCACUGCCCAUUCAUGGGUGCACAAGGAAAUGCAGAGAGCAGGAGGACAGGAGGAAAAGGUCAAUAAUGAGCAAGAAGAUUUAUUUCUGAGAUUUUUGAAUGGUAACAUAAUAGACACUGAAGAAUCUGCAGACUUAGUAAACCAAGAAGACUUUGACACUGUUCCAGAUAUUUCACCUGAACGAGCAUCUUAUAACUCCCUGGAAGCUUUAUCACUAGAUGACAGCUUUUCUUCUCUUGAUGAACUUACAAGAAGGAUAGAGAUUACUGAGAUUACCCCAGUGGAAGGAUUGGUGUCUAUACUAAAGAAGAGAGAUGACAGAGAUGGAAAAACAAUUGCUCAAGUCCAGCAAAGGCAAACAAAGAGAAGAGUGAGAUUCCAAGAAAUGGAAGACACAUUGGAUCAAGAUGAAGUGUCUGGUGGCUCCUGUAUUUUGCUGAUCCUGCUGUGCAUAGCAACUGUUUUCCUUAGUAUUGGAGGAACUGCACUGUACUGCACCUUUGGUGACAUGGAAUCCCCUGUGUGUACUGAUUUUGCAGCCAACAUGGAUUUCUAUUAUACACAGAUACUGCAGCGUGUGGAAGAACUUAAACACUGGAUAGCCUUCUCAUAGCUGAAAGGAGUGGACACCGCACACUGAGAGCUCGCCAGUGGCUACUGGAGAGAGUAGAACAAAAUUGUGAUUUAAAGUUCUUCAACACUUGCCACCUGCAGGUGAUGUGUAUUUGAUGAUAUACUUUCACAUUUACUUAGAAAUCAAGAAUUUUAGUUUAGCAAUCAGGUGGCAAAAUGUUCACAUCUGUUCACAACUGUAGCAGCGUGGUAUGGGAGCAUAAAAAGUUAUUAUCUUCAUCUUUUUGAAAGUAGGCAAGUAGCUUUUCAUCCACUUGAGCAAGUGAAGAAGAAGGAAGAAAAUUAACUGUCUUCUCUAUUCUCUCCCAUUGCCACACAUUGUGUAAGCAAUCUCUGGAAGCUUAGUAAAAGGACAGCUUUAAUUUACAGCUGUUUGUGCAAAGGUGUUGCCUCCAGCUAUCAUGCAAUAAGUCUCUGUUUUAUGGAAACAUUAUUUUUUUUUUUCUAAGUCUUAAUGUUUUUAUCCAUUUUAUUUCUCCUGGUGAGCCAUGUAAUUAUUUGGGUGGAGUGAGAAGAGUGCACUGGCAUUCACGGAGCCCUCAUUUGGUAAUUACCAGGCUGACCCUGUAUCUUACAGCUUGCAGUGAAUAUCAUGAAUGGGGUAAAUCUGCUGGCAGAUUUCACUAAAUUUCUUGGACCUUUACUCUCAGUAUCAUGUGAGUUGCUUUAGAAAUGGAAGGUUAAAAAAGAAAUCACUGGUUUCACUAAACACAGAAACAAAAAAUGUUUACUAAAUUGUUCAUAUUAAAUAAUCAAGUGGCUUUGGCUCAUUUUAAAGCACCUGGUAGCAGGUGUGGGGCUAACUGGGUUUUCCUCCAGCUAUGUCACUGACUUGGAGUAAUCACUUUGUGCCUCAGUUUCUCCUCCAUAAAUGGGGAAUAAUGAUCCUUGCCUUUGUCUAUGAAUAUUUAUUGGAAUUAGGGCUCAUGUCUGAUUCAUCCCAAAUGAGUGCACAGGAUCACAGAACUGUGUGGCUGCAGCCGCUGUCAAUGAGAAAGGGUUACGUGCAGGGGGACUGAUCCAACAGAAGAGGUUCAGAGGUUCACUGCAGAUCCACAGCCUGUUACUAUUCCAGGGCACUUGUUCCAGCCAAUAAAGCACAUUUGCAUUUAUUUGCCCUGCAGUUCUGAGACCUGAAUUGUAAAAUCUGGCCUUUAUCAGCUUUACAAACAAAUUUAGAUCAGUACAAAGAGUCAUUUGAAAUGGGUAUUUCUAUCACUUGGUGCUCAGCCCUCCCUGUGUGGUGGUGAGAGAAGACAGUGAAGGUGAGAAUUAGAUACACAGGCCUUUGGGCCACGCUCUGCUCUGCUCGAGGUGUGGCAGCUGUUCUUGCACAGAGCCCAGUGGUGCAGCCCUGCUGACAGGGUGAGCGUGAAACAAUUCCUUUACACCUCAGGAAACAGCAUUUUUGAGGGGCCCACUUCACUCCACUCUGUGAUUUCCUGCUUACUAACCUUGUAUGAUGCAGUGUGUUCAGGUUUAGGACAUUACUUUGUGAAGUGCUAUGAAGUGAAAUCUUUGAGAUACUGCUCAGAAUUAUAACAUUAAAGAUCAUGCUUUCUGACAUUUGCAAGCAAAUUGUCCCUCUAGUGAGCUUGAUUGUUCCUAAUGCACUGUUACAUUUAACGGGUUUUUAAAGUGAAAGUUAAAAUCAUGGUUUUUUCAAGAAUAAACUGCAUGUAUGAUUUCUCUUUUGGUUUUCACUGUGGAGGCUUAGUUUAUUUAUACCCUAGGGAGCCUCAUGUGCAGCUUUAUACUAAACUAGCAAAUUUCAAAUGCCCAAAUUAAUGAAAACUUUGCUUUUAGAAUGAAACUUGAGAAUAGUAGUUUGGGGGUUGGUUUUUUGUUUGUUGUCCUCAAGAGUAUCAUGAUGGGCUACUCUAAAGGAGAAAGGGAAAGACACUUUUGUGUUUUAAAGUGUUACUGGCUGGUUCAGUUUAUUUGAAUUCUGGGUUUUUUUAUUUAUUUAGUUUUUCUUUUAAAGAGAAACUUAAUUUUCUAUUUUGGCAAUUUACUCACAGAGUAAUUAAAAAGCAUGCUUUCAGUUAAGUAUGUAUUUAUAGUGACUAUGUAGUUAGAAUAUAUUUUGAGUUUCUGUAACUUUGCAUUGAGUGUUUCUGGAUAAUAAGUUUAUUCCUAAAGAGACAACUGUUCAUUUCAGCUUAAAAAAAAAAAUAAAUUAACUUUUUAUGCACUUCAUCACCAAAAAGGUCAAAAGGUAUUUAUAGAUCUAUUUAUUCAAAAGCAUACCAGACAUGGAUAUCAAAGAUCCACAACUUUUAGGUUCAUUUCAUUAAAACUAUUUUAAACAAAUAUUUUAUUUUGAACCAUAAAGCAGUUUAAAGUCAAAGCAAUUUUUAAUAAGAAUUUCAGUUUUGAAUCAGUGAUCCAAAUCCAGGUGUUUUCUCUUUGUGCUGUAUUCCUGGUGCAAAGACUCAGGAGUAUCAGCAGAACUGCCUACAAGAUGAUGAGGAGGUUGGGCAGCACAUCACCAACACAUAGCCACUGAAAAGUGAGCAGCCAGACGUUCUGUGUAACUCAGACACCCUUCCCUUGUGACUUGGAGCACAUCUUCAGCCUUGCCCAGCUGUGCCAAGGUAGCAGCCCUGCAAAGUCUCCCAGGAUUUGAGGGAGCAGAGCGGGCACAUGUGCACAGGCUGUCCGGCUCCUGAUCUGAGCUGCUCACUCCUCAGUUGCAUCCAAGGGUUCAAAUCUGGAUCCAGCUUCUGUUGGCAUUCCUUUAUGAAAAGCUGAUGGUGCAAAUUCUUGCUUCGUGUGACAAUUCUGUCGGUGCAAAUGGUCUGUAGUAUUAUCAAACUUGCAGCUGUCAACAGAACAAAUUUUGCUUUGCAUUGGCACUCCAAAGAGUGUGCAGGCAGGCCUGACGCUGGCCUUCCUAUGUGUUCUGUUCUCUUUGGAAUACUGGUGACAUUGCUCCCAGCUGGGUCACCUGAGCAGUUAGGAUCUUACAGACAGAUAAAUCAAAGAAAAAGAUAUCGUGGAUUUGAACAGUUACUCGUCUGAGUGUUUGAGGUAAAAUAAUACCAAGCAACAGCUGAGAUUGUUUCAGGAGGAAGAAAGCAGUGGGAAAAGGCUUCCCUUUCACACACACGCUUGGUGCAUUUUAAAGCCUUUCGUAUAUAACUUUUUAUUCAUUGUUUCCUUCCCUGCCACUGUCUUUAUGGCUGUUCUGCUUGGCAAUAGAGGGACCAUACUGUGCUGAGUUGAAAACAUUUGUAAUUGGUAGAAAAAUUCAGGAAAUUGUUCCAUACUUGACAGUAGUUUAAAAAACUUUUCAUAAAAUAUGACUGGAUUUCAGGCUGCUAGUGUACUUCAGAGAAGUUGUGCCACUUAAUCAUCUGCAGCACUCGGCUAGAAACCCCCACCUUCCUGUUUAUUCUUUAAGCAUAAUUAUUUCAAAGAGAUUCUUGUGAUAAAGAAAAAGCCAACAAGGUUUUUUAUGUAGAUUCAGCAUUAUGCUGACAAAAGAUCUGACCACAUAAUUAACACCCUCACCCCAAGCAGCCUAGACUAGACCAAGAAAGGCACUGUGCUGUAGUGUAGCCACACGAGACUACAGGCUUCUUCUCAAGACAACAUCAGGAAGCAAACAUUCCACAACCCAGGUAUGCCAGCAGAAGUUUGUGAUCUAGACACAGGCUGUGUUUUAAUUUUUUUUUUUCAUUAUCCUUGGUUUCAUACCUGGAAAAUGCAUAGUAGCCCUGGUGACCAGCAGUAGGAAGUAUUGUAACAAAAAGGGAAUCUCUGGUUCAGGGUUCUUGGUAGUAAAGGGCAAGUUUGAGCUAUCAAGUAAACAGAGUACACUGGAAGUCCAGAUUCUUGUGUGACUGGGUACUGUUCCACUCAAUAACCUAAAGGGAUGACCCUCCCGAGGAAACAUGUUUGCCUACUUUGUACUGUCUUUGAAAGUCACCCAAGCUUGUAAUUCACAUACUGUAGCAAAAAAAAAAAAAAAUAAAUAAAAACUGUCCCAAAGAAAAUACAUGAACCUUUUUGGAUAUUGUGAUUUCUAAAUGUCUGAAAAGACUGAGAUUUUCUGUGAAAUUCAAGUAAAUGAACAGUACCUCCAAUAAGAAUUUCAUUAUUAAGCCCAAAACAGGAUGGAAAGUGAGGAUAAAAUGUGUAAGGUUUGGUCUGGUUUUUGGUGUACUUUUCCUGGGUGUCUUUGUUUCAAUAAUUUAACAAAAACCCAGUUUCCUCACAGAGCCUGGUGCUGCCAGACAGGUGGGUUUCAGGUGCUAAAAUGUUGCUUUACUGUAUCAUUGUGAAAGCAAAUGGACAGAUGGCUAGUUCCAGAAUUCCUAGUAAUUGGUGGGUGGCCUGGAUAAUGGUCAAAAGGCAUUCUGCUCUCUGAACUCAAAUAAAUAAAUAAAACCACAAA